CUGCAGCAAUGAUACGCUUCAUAAUAUUGCUUUUCUGUUUAGUGAAUGGCCAGGACGAGGUCGACGUCGAUUAUUGCGAUAUUCCGUGUAGAAAUAACACUGAGCACUUGGGUUGCAACAAUUAUGGCGCUUUUUCGACGGACUGUGGGGAAAAUGCCAAUCUUGUGCCUAUGACUAGGAACCUGAGGCAAUUCAUCCUUCGAGAGCAUAAUUCUCUUCGUAGUGCGGUGGCUAGUGGUAAGUUGAAGGGCUUUCCACCGGCAUCACGGAUGCUGACAUUGCAGUGGGACGGUGAAUUGGAAUUGAUGGCCGAGUAUCUUGUGAAGCGUUGCGUCUUGGAGAGAAACAGAAUGUGCAUUGCCACAAGUCGGUUUAAGGGGCCGGGCGUCAAUGGUGUUUACAACAUACUCGCCUCUUCCCAAGAUGUGAUAAAAGUCAUCAAAUCUCAGAUUGAUGCUUGGUACGAUCAAUAUCGAUAUACGUCCAUUAACACUUUAUUAACCGGCAGAGGAGAGGGUGGACAUGAAGUUCAGAACUUUCUUCAAAUGAUGUUAUCUUACAACAGUCGCAUUGGCUGUGCUAUUUCCCAAUACCACGCCGAUAAAUUAAUUCAGUUAAUGUAUUGUGUAUACAGUUGUAAACGAACAUCUUGCAAGCCCGUCUACGAAAUCUCACAAUAUCCGUCAGCUGGAUGUCGUAGGGGUACAAAUCAAAAAUACAAAAACCUGUGCGACGCCAGAGAAGAUACCGACGAGUGUGAUCAUUGUAACAGCAAUAGUCCAUAUAGUCUACUUGAGAAAGCCUUUGACUUUGAGACGGAUGAGGACGAUGUUGACAUCGAAUUGGGAACACUGAAGCCGGAUGGCGUGCAACCAAGUGGCAAAAAGGACCGACUGGGCAACUUGGUGGACUUGAUUAAAGAUACAAUUGUAACCGGAGUUGAGGCCGUUGGCUCAAUUAUUGUACGUUGAAUAUGCCGGAUUUGAAUACUUUUUUGUUUUUGUGUUCUUAAACGACACGGCCCAUCGCCAUGGAGAAAUAAAGUUGUGUUGUAAGGCACAGAACUAGUUUGUGCUUUUUAAA